CACACCCUUUUUUCGUGGAGCUAAAGAAAACCAAUACGGUUGUCUUGUCUAUCAUCUUCUCUACCUUCAAACAUGGAGCAAUUUGACCCAAGUGCCCCUCCUCCAUUCAAGAUAGCUGACAUUAGAGCUGCCAUUCCUGCCCAUUGUUGGGUCAAGAAUCCAUGGAGGUCACUCAGUUAUGUCCUCAGGGACAUUUUGGUCAUUUCCUCAUUGGUUGCCAUUGCUGUUUGCUUCCACAGCAGUUCAUGGGUUUGGCCUGUUUAUUGGGCUGCACAGGGCACAAUGUUUUGGGCUAUCUUUGUUCUUGGUCAUGAUUGUGGCCAUGGAAGCUUUUCAGACAGCACUAAUCUUAAUAGCAUAGUGGGCCACAUCUUGCAUUCUUUGAUCCUUGUCCCCUACCAUGGGUGGAGAAUUAGUCAUCGAACUCAUCAUCAAAACCAUGGUCAUGUUGAAAAUGAUGAAUCAUGGGUUCCGCUGACGGAAAAGAAUUACAAGACUUUGGAUGCUCCUACAAAGCUACUCAGAUUCAAAGUCCCUUUUCCCUUGUUCGCAUAUCCUUUAUAUUUGUGGACAAGGAGUCCAGGGAAAUCAGGGUCACAUUUCAACCCGUAUAGUGAAUUGUUCGCUCCUAACGAAAGGCGGUAUAUCGCGACAUCUACUUUGUGUUGGACUCUCAUGGUCGCCAAUCUAAUAUAUUUAUCGACUAUCAUCGGUCCAGGCCUAUUAUUCAAGCUCUAUGGUGUUCCAUACUUUGUGUUCGUCAUGUGGUUGGAUUUUGUUACUUACUUACAUCACCAUGGGCAUGAGGACAAGCUUCCUUGGUAUCGCGGCAAGGAAUGGAGUUAUUUGAGGGGAGGGUUGACCACCGUUGACCGAGAUUACGGGAUGUUUAACAACAUCCAUCAUGAUAUCGGCACUCAUGUCAUCCACCAUCUUUUCCCACAAAUUCCGCACUAUCAUUUGAUCGAAGCGACCAUGGCGGCAAAGCAGGUGCUUGGGAAGUAUUAUCGAGAGCCAAAAAGAUCUGGUCCAAUACCGGUUCACUUGAUAGAUAACUUGGUUAAAAGCAUCAAACAAGACCAUUACGUUAGUGAUGUUGGGGACGUAGUUUACUACCAAACAGAUUAUCAAAUGAUUGGGAAGAAAGUGGAGUGAUUAACUAAACAAAAUAAGACAAAUUCAUUUGCUACACUAUCCUAUUAGUUAUUAUCGUGUAACAAGAAAAGUUUGUGGUAUAAUUUUAUUUAUUGAAAUUGUCACAUUUUAAUAUAAAAUCUAUCGUAAAUGUAGGAAGUGAUCAUUUUAAUAUC